AUGAAGAAUUGGCCCUCCGCCAUCAACCGUGCCGUAGCAGAGAGCUUUGUCGGCCGCCGCUUCAGGUUGGAAGGGUCUGGUCAUCGAUAUGAGCGGAAAGGAACCCGUUUCCUAACUGAGGUCCGGGCGGGCCUCACCACCUUCUUUGCCAUGGCCUACAUUAUAUCUGUCAAUUCCACCAUCCUGACUGAAUCCGGCGGAACCUGCGUCUGCCACGAUCGCGCCAACAAAUCAUGCAUUGGAAACAUAGAAUACGACCUCUGUCUGAAUUCGCUCAGAAGAGAUUUUAUUACGGGCACUGCGGCAAUGGCUGCCCUUUCGUCAUUCUGCAUGGGCCUGUUUGCCAACAUGCCAAUUGCGCUCGCUCCUGGAAUGGGCUUGAAUGCAUACUUCACGUAUACCGUCGUCGGACCUCGUGGCUCCGGCCCUGUUCCCUACCGGCUUGCUCUUACUGCGGUUUUUGUCGAGGGAUUUGUCUUUGUGGGUCUGUCAGUAUUUGGCAUGCGCCAAUGGCUUGCAAGGGCUAUUCCCAGAGCGAUUAAGCUUGCUUCAAGCGUUGGUAUUGGAUUGUAUCUGUCUCUCAUUGGAUUAACCUACAGUGCUGGUAUUGGAGCCAUCACGGGUGGCAUAGCCACUCCCACAACCCUUGCAGGAUGUCUGGAAAGUGAAAUGGUAAAUGGUAUUUGCCCCUCCGGAGCUCGAAUGCGCAACCCAACGCUGUGGGUCGGUCUAUUCUGCGGGGGUGUUCUCACCUGCAUCCUCCUGAUGUACCGUGUAAAGGGGGCUAUCAUCAUCGGUAUUCUCCUUGUGUCCAUCAUUUCCUGGCCCCGCUCGACGAAUAUCACCUACUUCCCCCACACGCCCAAGGGAGACGAUUCGUUCGACUUCUUCAAGAAAGUGGUCACCUUCCACCCCAUCGAAAAGGUUCUUGUAGCUCAGGACUGGGAUUUGAGGAAAGCCGGCAGCCAAUUCGGUCUAGCGCUUAUAACCUUCCUUUAUGUCGACAUCCUCGACGCAACCGGCACCCUCUACUCCAUGGCACGCUACUGCGGUGCAAUUGACGAGAGAACACAGGAUUUUGAAGGAUCUGCCGUCGCCUACAUUGUCGACGCAUUGAGUAUUUCCAUCGGCUCCCUUAUGGGCUUGUCCCCCGUGACGGCCUUUAUUGAGUCAGGCGCGGGUAUUGCCGAGGGCGGCGCCACGGGACUCACUAGCAUGGUCACGGGCAUCUGUUUCUUCAUCGCGAUCUUCUUUGCGCCUAUAUUCGCCGCCAUCCCGCCUUGGGCGAUAGGUUGCACGCUCGUCCUGGUCGGUUCCAUGAUGAUCAAGGUCGCAUCGGAAAUCAACUGGUCAUAUAUCGGUGACGCGGUGCCUGCGUUUAUCACGCUGGCAGUCAUGCCGUUCACGUACUCGAUCGCGUAUGGGCUCAUAGGGGGCAUCAUGUCAUAUCUGCUGCUGAACACGGUGGCGUGGGUUAUCGAGAAAGCAUCAGGAGGCCGCAUUGUGCCUCAUAACAAGAAUUUGAAAGAGCCGUGGACAUGGAGGGUUUCUGGUGGGCUCCUGCCGGGGUGGAUCGCUCGGCUGUUGCGAGGGAGAAAGAGUUUCUGGCAAGAAGACGCCCUACACAGUGGUAAUCCCAACUGCUCCUCAACUACCACAAGCAACGGAGCAGAAGCCGAUGGAUGUGCCGCGACAACUGGAGAUAAUAGUGCCAUUGACAUUGCGACGUCUGCGAGUAAUAGCGGUGACUUACAAAAGGAGAAGUAG